GCGGAGGUUGAGGGCUCCGCACCCGGUGCGAAUUGCGCUGACAGCUGGCGUGCCGGUGCCCACGGCCCGCCCGGACCCCUCGCUCUGCCCCAUGAGCUGCACCAGAAUGAUCCAGGUGUUAGAUCCACGGCCUUUGACAAGCUCAGUCAUGCCAGUGGAUGUAGCCAUGAGGUUCUGCUUGGCUCAUUCACCACCUCUAAAGAGCUUCCUGGGUCCGUAUGAUGACUUUCAGCGAAGAAAUUUUGUGAACAAAUUGAAGCCUCUGAAAUCAUGCCUCAAUAUGAAACAGGAAGCCAAGUCCCAGAACGGCUGGAAGCGCUCCCACAACCAAGCCAAGAAGCGGGUCGUAUUUGCAGACUCCAAGGGCCUGUCUCUCACUGCCAUCCACGUCUUCUCUGACCUCCCGGAAGACCCAGCCUGGGAUCUCCAGUUUGAUCUCUUGGACCUGAACGACAUCUCCUCCAGCCUAAAGCUCCACGAGGAGAAAAACUUGAUUUUGGAUUUCCCACAGCCUUCCUCCGACUACCUGACGUUCCGCAACCACUUUCAGAAGAACUUUGUGUGUCUGGAAAACUGCACCUUGCAGGAACGAGCAGUGACCGGAACUGUGAAAGUGAAAAACGUGAGCUUUCAGAAGAAAGUUCAGGUCCGUGUCACUUUUGACACUUGGAAAAGCCACACCGAUGUGGACUGUGUAUACAUGAAAAAUGUGUAUGGUGGCUCCGAUAGCGACACCUUCUCAUUUGCCAUUGACUUACCCCAAGUCAUCCCAACAGAGGAGAAAAUCGAGUUCUGCAUCUCUUACCAUGCCAAUGGGCAGGUGUUCUGGGACAACAACGAGGGUCAAAAUUACCGAAUUGUCCAUGUGCAGUGGAAACCUGAUGGGGUGCAGACGCAGAUGGCAUACAAGGACUGUGCAUUCCACCAUGUGCCCCCCAAAACUGAGCUGGAGUCACCAGUCUUUGGAAGUCCGAGGCUGGCUAGUGGGUUCUUCCCAGAAUGGCAGAGUUGGGGGAGAAUAGAGAAUUUAGCCUCUUAUCGUUGAAUUGAGUAACCUAGUGACUGGUCUUGAUCUGUUAUCGUCCCUGAUGUAAUUCUAGGACUGUGUUGCUCAAUAUUAGUCAGUCUUCACUAAUUUCCUUCAGUAGGUUUAGGUUUGAGCUUUUAAGACCGGACUACAAAGAAGAUAGCCACUUCAGAAUGUGGAUUUGGGGUCAGGAGGGUUGACACCGUCCAAGUUUGCAUUCGAGGAGGAAAAAGUAACAGACUGAGGCCUAUUUUUAGAAAAGUAAAACUUUUUCAAUACCUUUCCCCCUUCUCAAUUCACUAACUCUCACGUUGGGCAAGGAAAGGCUGAUAAAGGACAACUGGUGGUGAUGGGAAGCUGGGCUAAUGGUACGAGAAACGUCUGAAAAGUAUGCACAAAAGUCUCCACAGCGAAUCAGGCUGUGAGCAGGAGGUCUGGUACUUAAUUGUUGGUGAGAAAAUGGAAGGUUAUUUUGUGAUUUCCAGUUCUUGUCUGGGAAAAUCAUUUGAAGGGGGGAGAGGGGAAGAUCCAUUCUGUAUCCUUGUGGGGGAAAAAUAGUAAGCUUUAAGGGAUAUGGAACGAUGUUGGAGAAAGGUAAAUUAUAACAGGAGAAUCAAAAUCUCAAGGGAAGCCUUUCUGUUCAAAUGUGGUUCAUAAGCAAUCAUGAUGUGGGCAACAUUUAGCGAGCUUGGAUGCGGUCUUCAUAUUAUAAUAAAGGCAUCAUGCUUGGGGUCUCAGUGUAACCAAAAUCCACCACAUCGUCAAUGGCUAGGAAUUUGGAGGGGCUCUGGGUCAUGUCAAAGAUCACUCUUUACAAGUGCCUUGAUUAAGCCAGAACACUAGUUACUUAACCCCAAAGCCUGACUGGGUAUCUGCUAACCUCCUAAGAAGGUCCACUCUGUAGACUGGCAUUCCUCCGGCAAUGCUGUUGUAUCUAUGAGAGCAUUGUCAGUAUCAGUAACUUGCAUCCUUCAUAUUGAAGGUGACUUGUUAUUUGUCGCCACACUUUUUCAAUGUGAUGAUUGAAGUGAGGGCUGACACUAGGAUUCUCUAUGUAAGAAUCCGGUGCCUUACACAUAGAUGAAGCAAUCUAUCUCUUGCCUAUUUUGCCUUGACUGUCUUUUGACUUAGUUUCUUUGAAAGCAAGAUGUUUCUUUUUAAAUGGAUAUGCAUUGUUUUGGAUGUGUUGUAAUAAUAAUUUUUUUGGAGUGGGCAUAAAUCCGUUUUGUAAUAUCCACCCAUUCUCAAGGACAAGAGUCCCUAAAUGUUUGUUUCUAGCUGCCAUGCCAGAAAAAUGCUACUGGAAUGACCCUGCUAUGACAGUAUUUGAAGUUUGGCUAGCACCCACAGGUGUUUUUUUUUUACUGUAAAUAUUACACUUUCCUAUAGCUAUUCUUUAUGAGCUGCUCACUUUAAGAAUAAAUAUGUUUGAUAUAA